AUGGUGGAAGAACGAGAGGCAUUGGUAGCAUGCAGCGAUCAAAGCAUGAGAAUUGGAGUGACGAUAUGGGACAUGAAAACAGGAGAAAAGAUUAUCCAUAUACCAACAUGUUCUUCACCACCUUUUGGUUUGUUGUGUUUAAGAAAUCAGUUCCUUGUGGCAUCACAAUUGAACAAACAUGGAUCUAUGGGUGGUGGAUCCAUUGUUGUAUGGCCCUUGAACAAGCCUCAUCAACCGAUUAUGAAUAACACAGUGGAAGCCAUUGGGCCAAUUUCUUGCACAAAAGAUGGCAUAUACCUUGUGGGAGGUGGUUUAUCUGGAAAUGCUUAUAUCUGGAAUGUGAUUAAUGGAAAAUUAUUGAAGACUUGGGCAGCUCAUUACAAAUCUAUAAAACACAUAAUGUUUUCAAAUGAUGAUUCUCUUAUUGUUUCUGGUUCAGCUGAUGGCAUGUUGUGUGUUUGGUCCAUGAUAAGUUUGUUAGAUGUGGAAGAAUCAGAAAGCUGCAAUCCUUUAUUACAUCAUUUGCCAGGGCAUAUGUCCUCAAUAACAGGCCUUUUAGCUAUACCUUGCAAUUGUUAUUCAUUUAUAAUAUCAAGUGCUCUUGAUGGAACAUGCAAGGUUUGGGACUUUAUCACUGGAAAGCUUGUGCAAACUCAAGGCUAUCCUUUGGCAAUAACUUGCAUUGCCCUUCAUGAAGGUGAAAGUCUUUUGUUUUGUGGUACAAAAAAUGGAACAAUAUUUGUCAACAAACUUGAUAUUGGUUUGGAAGAUGGUUUUAAUUCAAUUAUUAGAGGAGAUCAAUCACUUGAACUCAAAGGACACAGUGGAGCCAUUAUUGCAAUGACAUCUAGUAGGACAAGCCUAAUAUCUUCUUCUGAAGACUGCACAAUAUGCAUAUGGGAUGUCAUCAACUGGACAAUCACUCGAAGGUUUAAUCUUGAAAAAGGGAAAGUAACUAAUCUCGUGGUAAUACUUCGAUCUUCGGCUCUCUCCACAUCAAAUCAUACAAGAGGCUCCAAUCAAUACAAUGUCUCUCCAUUAGGCAAGUCUCCUCUACAAAUCAAUGGACACAAUGAAACUACAUCUCUUAAUUCUUUGUGUCGCCUCUUCAAAGAAAAACAAACUCACAUUGAUUUAAGAAGCAUUGGUUUAUUGAGACAAAAUAUUUCUGGUCCACAGAAAGCACAUGUAUCUAUGGCCAUGACCAUGCAAAUGAAAGUGGACAGAAAUAUUGAGAAUCGUUCAUGGGCAACAAAGAUGGCAAAACAUGUUAUGGUGAUAAACAGAAAGAUGCAGUCACGGUUGUUGGACUUGAUACAUCGUAGAUUGUUUUGUACUAACAAAAUGAACUCUAAAAAAAGAGUAACACAUAAAACUCCUUAUUUAUACAUUAAUGCAUAUUGUCCUACAAUUAAGGAUGAUCCUAAUUUAUCUUCAUUUGAACAUGAUAGGAAUGAUGAGUAUGAACCAAAGGAAAGGGAUCAAGAAGCCAUAAAAAUGAAAUAUCUAGCGAGGAACGUUUUAUUAAGCACAUUCCAUGUUGUAACGGAAUUGAACAAUAGGGAUUGUAACCAUGCUUUGGCUUUGUCCCUAAGGGAGAAUGAGAAGUUGAAUGACUUCGAGAUCAUCGUCGUUGUUCUCGAGCAUAUCAGUGAAUUGCACAAAGAUGGAAAAGUGCAAGUUUGGAUCCUCCGUCAGGUUUCUGGAGAACUGGUUUUGUCGAACUAUUUGCAGCAAAGAGGGUUUUCGAAAUUAGACGCCAUAAUCGCAGGGCAGAUAAUGCUUGAAUGA